AUGUCGCCCAAGGAGCCAAUAGACGUCCCCUCAUUUGCAGCCACUCAGCUCGCCCUGCUAGACCAAGAGCUGCAGAGCGAGAUCCAGGAAACGAGCAGCCUCAUCUCCAACCACAGCCCCACGGGCCUCCAGCGCGCCGGCCUGGCCAUUACAAACCUGACGAUAUCCUCGCAGAGGACGGGCCUGGGAGGCAAGACGGUGCUGGAGCUGGGGCCCGAUGGCGCGACCUCGAGCACGGGGGAGCUGCCCGAGCACGGGAUCCGGACGGGCGACAUUGUGCUUGUCGCGGAGCAGCCCGCGGGCAGCGCGAAGAAGAGGGAGGUGAAGGAGCUGGAGAGAAAGGGGGCGAGAGGGGUGGUGACGAGGGUGCAGAGGGCGGCGGUGAGCGUUGCGCUGGACGAGGGCAAGGAUGAGGUUUUGUUUUCGGGGAGGGUGUGGAUGGUGAAGUUGGCGGAUGAGGUUACAUAUCGACGCAUGAACCAGACCAUGGAGAAGCUGCAGAAGAUGGGAGAGGCGGAGUACUCGAGCUUCAUCAGGGUGUUGUUUGGGCUGUCGAGCCCUUCGCCGGUGCCAUCGGACUUGGCUGCGAGCGAAGAGGUGGGAAGUAUUGAAUGGGUUGACCCUACGCUGAACGACUCGCAAAAGGAUGCCAUUCGGUUUGCACUGGCUUCUCGAGAGGUGGCUCUCAUUCAUGGUCCUCCCGGGACAGGCAAAACUCAUACGCUGAUCGAGUUGAUACUGCAAAUGAUCAAGCGGAAUCAGAGGAUACUGGUCUGCGGCCCCUCCAACAUCUCAGUCGACAACAUUGUGGAACGACUCGCACCUCACAAAGUGCCCAUUCUUCGCUUGGGCCAUCCCGCUCGGCUUCUGCCAUCGGUUCUCAACCACUCUCUAGACGUUCUCACACAAACCUCGGAAGCCGGGGCGAUCAUCAAGGAUGUUCGUGCCGAAAUGGACGCAAAGCAGGCAUCCAUCAAAAAGACCAAGAGCGGCAGGGAGCGGAAAGCCAUCUACACUGAUCUCAAAGAGCUACGCAAGGAGUACCGUGAGCGGGAGAGGAGAUGCGUCAGCAACCUCGUCGGCGGCAGCAAGGUCGUUCUCGCAACGCUUCACGGAGCGGGAGGCUACCAGCUGCGCAACGAGGAAUUCGACGUGGUCAUCAUCGAUGAGGCGAGCCAGGCGUUGGAGGCACAGUGCUGGGUGCCGCUGCUGUCGGCGAAGAAGGCCGUCUGUGCCGGAGACCAUCUGCAGCUGCCGCCGACAAUCAAGUCCCUCAACUCAAAGAUGAAGCCAAAGAGCAAGAAAGGCGUAGAUGGUGAUGCGGCAGCAGCAGCAGCGCCCGUCAUCAAGGGCAUGACGCUCGAGACGACGCUCUUUGACCGACUGCUGGCACUCCACGGACCGUCCAUCAAGCGCAUGCUCACAACGCAAUACAGAAUGCACGAAAAGAUUAUGCGCUUCCCGUCGGACGAACUCUACGACUCAAAACUCAUCGCGGCCGACGCUGUAAAAGCACGGCUGCUCAGGGACCUGGACUACGACGUCGAGAGCAACGAAGACACGACGGAGCCCGUCAUCUUCAUUGACACACAGGGAGGCGAUUUCCCGGAGCGCAACGAGGACGACGACAAGGAGAAUCCGAAAAGGGGCAGCCUGCACGGGGAGAGCAAGAGCAACGAGAUGGAGGCGGCAUUGGUUCGCUUGCACGUCAAGCAGCUCGUCGAAGCCGGCGUUCGACCCGAGGAUAUCGCCGUCGUUACCCCUUAUAAUGCACAGCUUGCUGCACUCGCCUCGCUCAAGGAAAAGUUCCCCGGCAUUGAACUCGGCAGUGUGGAUGGGUUUCAGGGGCGCGAGAAGGAGGCUGUGAUUGUGAGCCUCGUCCGCAGCAAUCCUGAUGGCGAAGUGGGCUUCCUGGGCGAAAAGAGGCGCCUCAACGGUAGGUCAAGAGUCCUCGCGUAA